UAUGGUGACUGGAGCCAGUGUUCUGAAUCAUGUAGCAGUGGAGUUCAAACACGUGUACUAGUUCGAACAUGUACUGAACCGGCUCCUCUUUAUGGUGGUAAACCGUGUGAUGGACGUAGCACGAGAACAGAAAACAAGCAAUGCAGACGACAAGGUUGUCCAGUUCCUGGUGGAUGGUCUCUUUAUGGCCCAUACAGUGAAUGGACACAAUGCUCGUCAAGCUGUGGUGAUGGAAUACAGGAGCGAACCCGAAAUCGGACAUGUAACAACCCAGUACCACAGCACGGGGGAAAAGACUGUGUUGGUUCGAUUAUCCUACAAGAGCAAAGAAAAUGCAGCAUUAAGCUUUGUUCUGAGACAUAAAGGUGAUGUCCGAGUAUUGUCUGAGAUUUUGCAUGGUGGUUGGUCAGAGUUCGGUCCAUAUAAGGAUUGGAGCGAUUGUUCUGUGACAUGUGGAAAUGGAGUUCAACAAGGUGUUAGGACAAGAGUGUGUAAUAAUCCAGAACCCCAAAAUGGCGGAAACAAUUGUGAAGGGCUGAAAGACGAUAAAAAGGAGAGGAUAUGCAACUCUCAGCCGUGCCCUGUGAAUGGCAAAUGGUCGUCAUUUGUUCCAUUUGGAGAUUGGAGUCAGUGUUCAUCUUCUUGUAACAAUGGAACCAAGACACGUGUUAGAAUCCGAACUUGUACUGAACCAGCUCCAUUGUAUGGUGGUAAACCGUGUGUUGGUCAGAGCAUGUCCAUGGAGACAAUGAUAUGUAAUCUAAAAGUGUGUGUCGUAAAUGGCCAAUGGUCGUCAUUUGUUCCAUAUGGUGACUGGAGUCAGUGUUCUUCAUCUUGCAACAAUGGAACCAAAACACGUGUAAGAAUCCGAACUUGUUCUAUACCAGCCCCAUUUGAUGGUGGUAAACAGUGUGUUGGUCAGAGCACGUCCACAGAAACAACGACAUGUAACAUUCAGCCAUGCAGUGAACAAAUAUUUUUUUCACGGACUUCGACCAUUAUAAUUGCUGUGGUGUCAACAAUUCUGGUAUUUCUGGUUCCUACACUUAUUUUCUUUUAUUGUCGAAGCAAGAAAACAAGUAAAUCAGCACCAACAACCCAAACUCAAUCAGAGAUAUACGAGGAAAUCCACAAUAUGGACAUUAUGAGCAAUCAUUAUGUCCCCUCAUACGCAGAAUACAUACUUCAUCCUAGGCUCAUAAACAGAUAUCACCCAAACGCUACAGUUCAACCUCUUUUUAUUAAUGUUGAAAGAACGGGACCCAACAUCAGCAAUCGUAGAAAUGAAUAUCACAUUAGUGAGAUAACUGAACAGGGUGAUGGGGAUCAGACAAAUAGAGAAUCAUUGCUUAGUCUUAAAAACAGCUUGGGACCAGAUGACGAAAAAGAAACGAAGUUGGCAAUUCGCUCAAGUAUCAAAGCAGAAAUCACCAGUGAUGACACGGAAUUAAGAAAUUUUAGUAAAGAUGGGUUUUCUGUUGAUGAAUAUCAAAAACCGAUGUUUAAAAGAAGAAACAGCUACAUAUCAGUUUUGCCUGACGAGUCUAAGAAAGAGGACGAAACAGUCAUUGAAGAGCAACGAGAUUAUCUGGAAUGUUUCUAUGACAAGGAUGAAUCAGUUAAAUGCAAAAGCACGGAUUCGAAAUUGCCUAGUCAUUCUAAUGAAUCUUUGAACAACAUUGGUGAUGUGGCAUAAAGGACAGGAAAUAUUCCGAAGGGAAAAAGACAGUCUCCAUGAAAAAUAUA